AUGGACGGAAACGGUCGGUGUGGGCCAGGACAGCAAUGUACUGGAGGUAUCCCUUUCCAAAAUGAACAGCACCAUCAAAAUGCGCCACCUUUUGUGGUAUCAGAACCAGCAUGCCCACCAGGUAUCCAUUUCCCGCCCGACAUGUCUCACGAGCAAGUCAUAUAUCAUCACCAGCAGAUGCAAACUCCUCUUGGCCACAUUCACCACCAGCCGACGUCGCAACACGCAAUGCAAUUCCCACCGCAAGGGAUGCCGUCACAUCUGGGUGGAUUUUCAAGUCAAGUAGAAGUUCCUGGGAUCUUCUAUUCCAAUUAUCUGCAGAAUCAACCAAAUUAUCAGAUGACCCAACGCCAGCCGACCUACUUGGCCCCGAUCCCAUAUCCUCCACCUUUGCCCCAUGGAAACCAAAUGGCGAAUGAAAUGAUUCCGGACCAAACUCACUAUGGAAACAUUGGCAACGAACGUAGGAACCAACAAAUGGCUUCCGUGGUGCAGGCCCUUCCACAUCUAGUUGUCACGGAGGGACUGGCUGCCGGGGGCAAGGAUACUCCUUCUGCAGAGGCAAAAAUGCAUGCAGAUCAGGGAGGCAGCAGGAAAAAGGUGAUGAGAGAAAAGGCAAAGCCAGCUGAUAAAAGGGUUAAGAAUGCUCCAAAUAUAGACUCCACAUCGGAUGAAGAGGAAGACGAAGAAUCAAGAAAAAGAGAGGAAGAUAGAAAAAGACGACAAGAUGAGGAGAGGAGAAAGAGGGACGAAGAAAGAAAAAGAAAAGAAAAAGAGCGACGAGAAAGAAAUAAACGAUGCUUCCAGCAACGAUUGCUUCGAACCCUCUCAGGGAUGGAAGAUGUAACGCAGAAUAUCGACAAAUUGGCGAGUACUCUCAAAACCACGCCUGAUGGGAUCAAGAAGGUCAUCAACGAGGAUGAGAGGUUUCUGCUUUCAGAGAACAUGGUAUCGCUGAAUAUUCAUUUAUCGAUAUGCCAGGACUACUUGACUCUCGGAGGCUGCGAUAAUGAGCAGUGUCGAUCUUUGCACAUUUGCGCGAAAUACCUUGCGGGACUAUGCACAGAUGCCAGGUGUGAAGAUGGACAUAAUAUCAAGACAGAACACAACCGUCGCCUCCUCUGUCAAUUCAACUUGGAGAACAUCGACUGUCGGAUGAUGAAGUUUCUCGAGCCAGAUUCUAUAACUCCUGAUCCAUGCACGGAAUACAACAUCUCACAAUGCUUCCAGGAUCAAUGUAAUUUUCUUUCAAACCCGGGGCUCCACGACCGCAUUCAAGGAACAAAUGCCGAAGGAACCUAUACAUGGAACACGGCCCAUGGGAACCUGGUGACGCACAAGGGUGAAGAAGCUGAUGCUCUGGUGCAAUCCAUGCAGGAAAUGCAAGAACCAGAAAGGAUCACGGUGGCAGACCCAAACGAGAUAAAAAGAGUAAAGUUGACUUUGGCUCAGAGGAUGAAGAAGAAAAGCAAGAGCCUCAUGGGAAAUAUAUACCAGCUACCGAAAAAUCUGAUAAUACAAGACGAAAAGAAUCGCUUGGCCAAAUAUGAAAUUGGC